AAAGGAAAUACCCUUCACAUCACUCGAUCGAUCCAUCCUUUGCUGCUUCUUGUCGUCGUCUUCGUGUACUGUAUUGCAACCAUGGACGACGGUGAAACCGGUGGGGCGGCUGAAUAUGCCUCUGCCCGUAAGUUGGUCCUACGAGCCGCCAAACGCGAAACUGCCUUGACGGCGGUAGGGGAUCCCAACAGUCCCUUUGGCGCUGAUUUUUCCAAGAUGCCGCUCAAGCCAGACCAUUGCCAGCGUCCUUGUUGGAGUUGUCCCGACGGCACUAUAUACCUGGAAGCCUUUCACGAUCUAUACGCCAGUGCCUACGAUUUUCUAGUGGCCAUUGCCGAACCAGUGGCCCGUCCCGAAUUCUUGCAUCAGUACAAGCUCACGCCGUAUUCCCUCUAUGCCGCCGUGGCGACCAAUAUCGAAACGGAAGCCAUUAUCUCCGUCUUGGAUCGCAUGUCCAAAAACAAGCUACCCAAACAGGUCAAGGCAUUCGUUCGAGAUUGUACCCAAAAAUACGGCAAGGCCAAACUGGUCCUCAAACACAACAAAUUCUACGUCGAGUCGGAAUUCCAUACCGAAAAUCUACAUAUUAUAGAAGAACCAGAAGAUGACAGUGACGAAGAGGAAGAGGAGGGGCAACAAGCCGGACAGAAAAAGGGCACCAAACAGGUUGUCUCCUUUCAAGUCAAGGGAGAAUUGGUGGAACAGGUCAAACGACAAGCUAUUGAACUGGAUUAUCCACUCAUGGACGAAUACGACUUUCGAAAUGACAAGAUUAAUCCAGAUGUCCCCAAGAUGGAUUUGAAACCGCACACUCGCAUUCGACGUUAUCAGGAACGUGCAUUGGCCAAGAUGUUUGGUAAUGGACGCGCCCGAUCUGGCAUUAUUGUGCUGCCCUGUGGAGCCGGGAAGACACUGACCGGUGUCACGGCCGCACAGACCAUCAAGAAGAGUGUCGUUUGUUUAGCCACCAACGCCGUGUCGGUGCUGCAUGGAAAUUCCAAUUCCAGCUUGGACCAACAUUCCUGA